CUCGGUCUCUACGCAAUCGCGACUGCAUCAGAAGCAUUCAAUUGCUCGCCAAAGCCAAAAUGUCUCUCGCACAGUCUAUCUACAGUACCGUGUUCCGCAAGAACUACACCAUGCUUGCGGCCGUUUUCGGUGCGGGCUUCGCCUGGGAGAUCGGCUUCAACGCCACCAUGAACAAGAUCUGGGACAACAACAACCGAGGCCGUCAAUGGAAGGACAUCCGACACAAGUACAUUGAGGGCGGCGAGGACGAGGAGUAAAGACACCAUGCAAACUCCUGUUACUAUGGCUAGAAUGGGUGCAACAUGGGACUGUCUGGGGAAAAUGUACAAAAUAAACAAGGAAUAGAACGAUUCACAACCUCUUUUUUUCUUUUGG